ACUGCUUAAUCAGUUUUCUCGCAUGUUUUGAGCUUUUACCAUCUAUAAUGAACGGAAUCAUAUUGUUGAGCCUCUUGGCCUUGUGCUGUGCUGCUUUGGGCUCAUCCGACGAUUUGGGCGCCCCUGUGAUAUUGACCAGUGAGGCGAGGCAGAAGGCCAUUGAGCUAUUGGACGCAACGCUAGCCCAAUUGUCUACUGGAGAUGGUCCCAGUUACAAGCCCAUAUCCGUGGGCAUAGUGACGAGCCAGAUUGUGACUGGGACUCUCUAUACCUACAAUGAUGUGGAACUGGAAACUGGAUCGGAAAAGAAGAGAUGCACGGUGAAGAUCUGGUCCCGGCCAUGGCUCAAGGAAAAUAGCACGAAAGUUGUAAUAAAUUGCCUACUCGGCGAUGGCAAUGAUGAGGUGGAUCGCACCUUCUAGAUCGAGCUCAAUUUUUCCCUUUUGUUUGUUGACUUAAUUGUUUUAAAUAAAAAAUAUUUGAUUUGUUGCUCUA